AUGGCGGGCAAUGGCACAGAUGAUGCUCAAUACCUCGCUCCUCCCGCCGUGACUGCCCUGCGGCAGGAAGCUCGGAGUAUCGAUCCGAGAUUCUCUCCUACUCGCUCCCCCAGCGUCGAUCAUAUGCGACAGGAACGCGAAGAUCUCAAGGAAGCGGCGGAACAAACCCUGAAUGUCAUUGUUGAUUUGGAUCUCGAUGGUCGCGUUAAAUGGGUCAGUCCAUCAUGGAAACAGGUCGUGGGCACGUCACCGGUGUCAAUAGAGGGGCGGAUGAUAUCGGAGAUUGUGGUCGGUAACCAGAACGUUUUUCACGAUGCUAUAGAGAGCAUGAAGGAGGAUGACUCCCGCAGUCGGUUUAUUCGCUUUGCAGUCCAUAUGGGCCCCGACUCGGUCCUGAAGUACUCGCCAGAGCCACGACCUGCGGAGCCAGAGCAUGAAGCCACUGAAGCGACCGACAUUGCAGAAGAAGCACAAGCCCCGGCUGAGAAGGAGGACCGGCAUCAUGACCUCCUUCAUCUGGAAGGACAAGGUAUCAUGGUGUUUGAUCGGACUGCUGACGGAGUUGGACAUACCAUGUGGAUGUUGCGACCGUUUACGGAACCAAGAGAAGUGACCAUCGACCUUCCGCCUUUGCUAGUCGAAUCCUUGGGCGUUGGAGCGGAAGUGUUGGCAAAUUACUUGACUACUCUGGCUGAGGCUGCUGCUAGUGAGCCUGAUCCUUCGAAGCAUCCAGCUCCAAACCCUGUGUUGUGUCGUAUUUGUGAACGUCAGAUCACACCAUGGUGGUUUGAGAAACAUUCGGAUCUAUGCCUACAGGAGCAUCGGGCCGAGAUGGAUGUUCAGAUAGCUCAGGAGAAUCUCAACGAGCACCGUCAUGCCAUCGUCAAAGUGCUAGAUGCUCUAGAAGCCAGACAAAGCAGGCCGUUGGUACUCGGGGAGAGCAACCCCCCGCCGACACCCCAGCCCGAGUACAAAGGCCUACCAAUUGGGCCAUCUCCAGCGGCCUCCGCACCGUCGUCCGGAUCAGUCUCUAGUGCUAAUUCCGCUCCUGGCACGCCGCCUCGAUCCAGAGAUCAUUCGGCUUCAGGAAUCGGGCAUACUCGCGCUCGAUCAUUCGCAGUGCGGCGUCCGCUAGCUCGCGUCGUUGAGUUGAUCCUUGACCUUUGUGACACUGCCUUGGAAAUCAACAUGCCUGUAAUCAAGGAAUCUCGCGCGGACAACAGUGAUGAUUUUCGGACGUUGUCUCCGCAGUCCGAAUCUCGUAUCUCGCAGGUUCUCCAGUGGCAGUCACCCAGCUCUAAUACACUAGAGCAGGAGCAAGGACUCGCGGCCCUAUGCACCGAUACCGAACAAGUCGCCAAGGCAAAAGUCGAUGCGGUUAUUCGCCAUAGAAGAAUUGUGGAGUAUGCCGAGCGGAUUCGCAUCGAAUACACAAUACUGGUAGAGGAGUGCAUCACCGCGGCUCUCACUAAAGCUGAGCGAAUUGCGGCGGGCCAGCUCAGUGACUCAAGUGCCUCAGACGAUGACGCCCCCCAAGACAACGAACCCGCCGUGACUGCAAGUAGCCCGAUAAUACGAGGGAAGCGCGAAUCUACAGCACCGCCUGCAAUGUCCGCUUUAACCAUGUCCAUGCGCAAUUCGCCCGACCGGUUCCAAUCCAGCCACUCCUCCGAAGGCAAAGCCUCAGUCGCUGUGUCGACUGGGUCGAACAGCCCGAUGGAAUGUCCCACACCCCGAUCACACAAGAGUAUCGCCGGGGUGUUAGGGACAUCGCAGCCAUCCAGGCGGGGUCUCUCGUUGAUAGAUUUGGAUGCUGGUGAUAACAGUGACAGCAGCGUUCCUUCUUCUGCUUUCCCCGGUGCCGUGCGAACCGACUCGCCCUCGUCCGACCGCAGUAUGGACAGAAAGCGAAGGAGUCUAGUCCUUCCAGGUCUUUCUAGCUCACCUCGCAGACAACAUUCUCCGGCCAGGGUAUCCGGGCCACAUUCACCAUUGCGACUGCCCCGGGCUCGUCUUUCGAGCGGCGCCGAUAGUCUACCGUCACCUAUAGUAUCUCCCUCCGCAAAUGCGAUCGAGCUGGCACAAAUCCACUACCCUCAUCAUCGCCGUCAAUCGUCCGCAACGUCUUCCGAUAUCGUAAAGCCUCCCGUUUCACCGCAUUUGUCAUCCGCCAGCCAGCCGCAACCGAGACCAGCACCGCCGUCGAUCAAGGACUUUGAGAUCAUCAAGCCAAUUAGCAAAGGUGCCUUUGGAAGUGUAUACUUGGCCAAGAAAAAAGUAACUGGAGAAUACUUUGCCAUCAAGGUGUUGAAGAAGGCGGACAUGGUCGCGAAGAAUCAGGUCACCAAUGUCAAGGCGGAGCGUGCGAUUAUGAUGUGGCAAGGCGAAAGCGAUUUUGUUGCUAAGCUCUAUUGGACAUUUUCCAGCAAGGACUACCUUUACCUGGUAAUGGAAUAUCUCAACGGCGGCGAUUGCGCUUCGCUCGUCAAGGUUCUUGGUGGACUGCCCGAGGACUGGGCGAAAAAGUACAUUGCGGAAGUAGUCCUCGGCGUCGAACAUCUCCAUGGUAGGGGAAUCGUCCACCGUGAUCUCAAGCCAGACAAUCUUCUUAUCGAUCAGACGGGUCAUCUCAAGCUGACUGAUUUCGGACUAUCCCGCAUGGGCCUUGUUGGGCGUCAGAAACGCGUUCUCAAGAGUAUGAACAAUGAGCCAGCACCCGAUCUUCUGAAGCAGGGCUCGUUUCCUCGAGCAACGUCAAUUACAUCUUCCAGAUCGGCCUCUUUCGAUUUUCAAGGCAGUGGAUCCCCAGGGUCCACACCAUUGAUCACGCCAGAUGUUGCUAGCAGCAUCCCCCAACCAUCUUACUUCAGCCUCAACCAAGGGGGCGGACUCAGUCGGCAGACUUCUCGUCGAGCGUCCGGUUACCGUAGCGAUAGCGGCGCCAGCGAGAGUCUGAAUGCCAUGUUCCGCACUUUGUCUGUCAACGAGGGUGGUGAAGCUUCCGGGACUAUGCCUGUGCCCGUCCCGGGCCAACACCACCAUCAGCAUCAACUACCCGAAGAGGAGAGCCAAAGCGAGGCGGGUGAGUCUCCUCACUUGUACCCGCUUCAACCCACAAUGAGCAAUUCCUUCUCCUACAGUACUCCGCCACAACAGUCAAUGAUGCCUCCCCUAAUGGCGCUGUUUGACCCCGAGGACCAUAACAGGCGGUUUGUGGGUACACCAGAUUAUCUGGCCCCGGAAACCAUUAACGGUGUUGGCCAGGAUGAAAUGAGUGAUUGGUGGUCCCUGGGCUGCAUUAUGUUUGAGUUCCUCUUCGGCUAUCCGCCAUUCAAUGCUGGAACUCCUGAUGAGGUCUUCGACAACAUCCUUCACCGGAGGAUCAACUGGCCGGAAGAACCUGAGGAAUACGCUUCCCCCGAAGCUAUUGAUCUUGUGAACAGGCUCAUGACCAUGAACCCUCGUGAACGGAUAGGUGCUAAUGUGGAUGAGAAAUACCCAAAUGGUGGAGCAGAGAUCCGGAGCCACCCUUGGUUUUCUGAUAUCAACUGGGAUACCUUACUGGAGGACAAAGCGCAGUUUGUACCCAACAUUGAGAACCCCGAAGAUACCGAAUACUUCGACGCUCGUGGCGCCACGCUUCAAGCCUUUGCUGAAGAACUGGAAGAUGCAAGCCCACCUCAACCGCCGUUAACCACUGGCGCAUACCCCCAAGAUCGGCCUCAUGAUGCCUUAUUCAAAGUCCGCUCUCAUGUAAACUCGAUGAAGCGACCGUUGAUGCCUUUGCACAUUCCACCUCACGUGCGUGAGUCACGUAGCAGGAGGCUGAGCGAGCCUACAAUGGCCGAUGACUUUGGCAACUUUGCCUUCAAGAAUCUUCCCAUGCUCGAGAAGGCCAACAAGGACGUGAUUCAAAAGCUACGCCAGGAGGCAAUGCAAGCACAGCAACGUCACGUUCCUCCCACCGGCUCUCAGCAACAGGGACACGCGCAAGGUGGCCAGGAUCAAGCCUCCACGCAGCCUGCACCGCCCACUUUGGAGGGCAGCCCGUUACCGAUGCCCCUACAGCGGACUUUGUCUCAAACCAAAGGCAACAACCGGCCUUCGUCCCCUUCAAGCAUGAGCCAGGCGAAUUCGUCUCCCAGUCGUCCCUCUCAGCCUUCGUCCCCGCUUCUUGUUCAAUUUAGCACCGGUCAAAAUCACGAGCGCAGAAAGACGUCCGGGUCAUCUUCUAAUAACUCGCAGUCCGCCGGUAGCUCUCAGCCCGCAAGUGUCGAUCAAGGUCGGAUGGCAAGUCUCAAGCACGGCUCCGCAUCAUCGUCUCCUAUAAAGCCCCCUCGAGCCACGGCUCACUCGCCUGACAAGACACCUUCUGGACAGCGCCACGGCAGUGCUCCCGCCUCACGAGCAAGAUCACAAACCAUCGGCUCCCAGGACGGGGACCUCUCAUCAUCUCUAGCCAAGGAAACGUAUGCCGUGGGCCAUUACAAACGCCGCAGCCAAUUAUUCGAUAUCUCGCCUUCCUCAUCAGACAAUGAGGAUCCGCGCACGAAAGCCUUGCUUAAAGUACAGCGCCGCCGUCAAAGCUCGAGGCGCAUGUCACAGAUCAAUUUCCCGGAUGGGCCAUUCUUCCGGCCCUUGGACGUGCUCAUCUGUGAAGAUCAUCCAGUCUCUCGCAUAGUGAUGGAACGCCUCUUUGAGAAACUGCGAUGUCGUACCAUUACGGCGGUAAACGGUAACGAAGCGAUGCGUUACGCUCUCAGCGAGGUGCAGUUCGACAUUAUCAUGACGGAGUUCAAGCUACCCCAGGUAACUGGGGCCGAUGUCGCGCGUAUGGUGCGGGAAACGCGUAGUGCGAAUCGGCAUACUCCAAUCAUUGCGGUUACAGGCUACCUUAAGGAUCUUCCAGAAACCCACCAUUUCGACGCGCUCAUUGAGAAGCCUCCAACCCUGACAAAAUUCACGGAAGCACUGUGUAGGUUCUGUCAGUGGAAGCCGCCUCCAAAGGACUACAAUCCUUCCCAGUCAAUGAGUGUUCCGCCUUCUACGAUACGCCAGGCUUUUGUGCAAGCCGAGCAUAGCCCAAGUUCAACAGCUUCGUCGGGGUUCGCGCAUAUGCCUUCUAGCUCUUACAGAGGAUCCAGUCGAGAGGACUCUAUCGUCAGCAGUUACUUUGGCGAUACGGAGUCAAUCAAACCAGAUGACGGCCCUGUCAUCGUGAGUCAUCACAAUGAACCAGAACAGGAUAGAGGUGGCCUCGGGAUUUCCGAAGAUGUGACUCGUGUACAAGAAGCGACGGAUGGCAGUUCCACAUCUGGCUCGGAUGCAGUGCCUUUCCCAAGUCUACUUCACGCGUCUUCAGCACCACCCACUGUUCAUACGUCUGGAAACCUUACACCUCGCAAACAGCGAUCCAGUGAAGCGAUCCGGGCAAAGAGAGAGUCGUUGGAACGCAAGCGCUACGAGUGUGCCGAGUCUGGCGACGAUGAAGAUGAAGAGCUCGGAAAUUCUCAAACACGAUCCAGCAGCCCUCAACAAAGAUCUCGUCGCCCUGGCUCUAAGCUAGGUAUAGAGAUGAUGAGAACCAAUAGCAGGGGUAGCGUUGUCAGUGGAAGCGAGGAACUUCUCAAGAGAGAGCGGGAGUCGUUGGAGCGACGGAGUAGUGGAGGUUCCGGCGGCGCCAGUGACUACAGCGAGGAACGCACUGGCACUCGCUCUCCGCACAGUCCAAGUCUGGAGAGCCGUCUUGAGAACCUUUCAAUUCCCGAGGAGGCGAUUGCGGGGUCCGUUGAAGGUUACAGCCCCAAGCAUUCGCCCAUCGUGGAGCUAGGGUCGAAAAUGGACAUACCAGCAAUCUUCUCAGAUCGGUCAACAUCACCGUACACGACCGAAGCUUCAGGUACACAGGCGAUGGAGGCCAGCGUCGAAACACCUAAACUUGGGCAUAUCACACCCCCUAUCGUUUUUACGAAAGACGGAGAGUCAGAACCCUCAGGAAACGGCCCGGAAACCCCCUACAUCAAGACUACCGGGGACAAUUUGGCUCCGGAUUAUGGUUCAGAAGCUGAUGUUGACCGGUAUCUGGAUGCUGAUGCCACACCUCGACCAUUACAUACACCUUCUCCCCAUCCAUACUUGGGUUCCACCCAUUCUCAACCCGACAUAUAA